AUGGGUAAUGUUAAGCAAAAACAAACGACAAUAGAAAAUGGGGGUGAAUUAAAUUCCAAUAUUCAUCAAUUUAGUGUCGAAUGUAUCACAAAAACUGUUCAUCCUUCACAUUAUAUUAAUCAAUUUCAUUUAAAAAAUAUGAUAGGUGAUAAUAGUGAAGUUUUAUCAAAUGUUUAUUUUACACGUUUGGAAGUAUCAAAUGAUGGACAAUAUAUUUUAGUAUAUGAAAAUCAAAAUAAAUUAUUAAUUCUAUUUGAUAAAGAUCGUCAAUUGGCACAAAUAGAAUGGAAUAAUAAUAAUCAAUUACGUUCACUCCAGUGGAGUUCAUAUUUUCAAAAAUUUCUUAUUUUAUCUAAAAAUCAUUUGGCUAAAUUUAACUGUAAAACAUAUGAAAUAGAAAUAAUUCCAGAAAUAAAACAAACAGACGAUCCUGAUACAUCAAUAUCAUCGAUGACCACCAAUGAUGAUCAUUUAAUUUUAUGUCAUUCAUUUGGUUUAUCACUUGAACAUUGGUCAUUAUCAAAAAUGAAAUUAAUUCGUAAAACAGAAAAUUUAUCAAAAUAUGGUGAUAUACAUGAAAUUCGUCUAUCUGAACCACCAUCAUCAAUAAUGGCUAUGAACGUUUAUUCUCGAUCAGAUUCAACAUUUGUUAUUGAUUUUUUUGAUAUUCAUUCUGUUAGACGAACACGUCGUUUAAUGCCACCAUCUUCAACAUGUGCAAUACCUUGUCUUCAAUUUUUGACAGUUUUACCCAAUUCAAAUCAAUGGAUUGUACAAAUAAAAGAAUUUAAUGAAUAUUAUCUAUUAGAUUCAACAACAGGUGAAUUAAAAGAAUUAAAUUUAAAUAUGAUGGGACUUGAAGAUGGUGAAUUUAUUACACAUAUUCGUCUAUUUGAUAAUGGAAAAUAUUGGACAUUUAUACGAUGUUUAGAAAAACAAGAUUGUUUUGAUGUUGAAUUAAAAAUAGUUAAAAAUGAGUGA